UUACAGUCGAACAGUGAACAGGCCUGACGAUCCUCCGGAUUCUACUACAUAUCCCAGAAUUCCCUUUUCAAAACAACAUCACACUAUUUCCUGUAUGACUGGAACGAGAGUCGUUAUAUGGUGCGGAAUUUUUAACGAAACGGGUAGAUCCUCACCGAUUUAUUUUGGUUGACUGUAAUACAAGGCGUAAUUUUAUAGGAUUGCACAGCAAGAACUAGGCAUGACUACAGAGUCUGCCUCUCCAGAAGAGUGAGUGUGGAUGGAGUGACACGAGCGGACGAGACGGACGAGUCAUGGACAGCCAGUGCAGCAGCAGUGUGGGCAACAUUAACUCAACACCCAUUUCUGCCCGUAUCGAGUCCUAUGAAGGAGAGAAGAAGUGCAUCUCUGAUGUCCGAAGAACAUUUUGCUUGUUUGUGACCUUUGACCUUUUGUUUGUCACCUUGCUGUGGAUCAUUGAGCUCAAUGUCAACGGAGGAAUACAAGAGCAGCUGAGGAAAGAGGUGUUGGAAUAUGAUUACCACCAAUCUUUUUUUGACAUAUUUCUCUUGGCUGUGUUCCGCUUUGCAGCCUUGAUUCUAGCCUAUGCAGUGUGUAAACUGCGCCAUUGGUGGGCCAUUGCGAUAACUACUACAAUUACAACUGGUUUUUUAAUAGUGAAAGUAGUUGUAUCAAAGCUUCUGUCACAGGGAGCGUUUGGGUAUUUGUUGCCCAUUCUAUCCUUCAUUCUGGCGUGGAUAGAGACGUGGCUGCUGGACUUCAAAGUCCUGCCCCAGGAGGCUGGUGAUGAAAUCAGGUAUCUUUCAGUGCAGAAUGCACUAGAUCGAGAACCUCUUUUGUACCCAGGACCCGUUUCAGAAGGCCAGUUCUACUCUCCUCCUGAGUCCAUGGCAGACUCUGAUGAAGACCUUGAUGAUAAACAUGAUCUUGAGAAGCCCAUCGUCUAGCAGGAGCUCAGAGUACAACAGCCUCUUCCGGCGCUGCUCGACCUCAGGCCGUGUGUCUUAACAUGUGACCAGAACUAGACAGUCACUCUGCCUUAGAUCUACUAUCACCAUGAUCAGCAGUUUGUUUAUCUGUCUCUAUCUGACAGAUAGAGACAGAUAGAUAGUGCAAUCAAUUUUUUUGUGUCUUAAGUUUUUUCCACUGAACAACAAAAAAAAACAACUAUAGUUUAUGCAGUACGGAUUGAAAAAAUGAAGGAUUUUAAUGUGUAUUUUGAACUUAAUCAUCAAACAUUUAGCUUGUUUUCACAUGACACUUCAACUGCUUCUGUGUAACAAAACGACUGCCGUCUCACGUUUAUGCUAUGAGCUCCAUAUGUGUAUUAACUCUGAUCUCACAUACAUCACUGGAGAGGACCUAAAUGUGAAUAGCAGUAUAGUCUCAGGUCUACACUGCCACUCAUCCAUGUGAGAAUAUUUAAUUUUUAUCCCAUCUGUUUUUUUUUUAUGCGUUUUCUACCAGUCUGUGAGUUUUUAGAAUGAACAGAGAGAUGAUAGAGGCUUGAUUUAUUUGUAAAAUAAAGGACUUGCCAAGUUUUGCAUGAAGCACACUUAAAUGAAGAAAUAUAUGACUUGUAAUGAUGCAUGGAUUUGUUAUGCUUUUAUGUUUGUUUGUUUUUUUGGGUCCACUUCAGGAAGCAUUCCUAAAUCAUCCUAAGUAAGUAGAAGAAAUCGACUUCCUGUUGAGUUAACUUGUGCCAUGCUUACUGAAUAAGGGCUUAUGUGCCCGCUGCAGGUCUGGGACCUCCGGAAUUUAAGAAUCUCCACACAGUAUGUACUUUUCACAAAGCCUCAAGUGUGCAAGAUGAUGGCAGAUUGUAUUCUUCUUUCGUUAUGCAUUAAAACAAGUACUGCUUUUAUUAAA